UACAUGAGCUGUUGCGAACAACAACAACAACAACAACAACAACAACAACGGAGUCCUGUCGCUCAGCGCGACCAAUGGCAGCACUCGCGAGUGAUGCUCAAAUAAAGACAAAGCAUGUAAACCUUCAGAAGGAUCACAGAAGGACUCGGGAACGACCCGGUGGCCCCCGCUGCCUACAGAAAGUAACACUUGCACCCUGCGCCCUCCCAGCUGCCAGUAGGGUGUGAUAUCCAUCAGAGGUCUCUCUGUAUGUGGCGACGUGUGGACACAUGCAGGGCACCCCGACGGGACUGGCUGCGCACUUGUAGGACGCAUGACUGGUUCCUCUCCACUUCGGGUUCCCCUGUAGGCGUCACGCUGAUACGUCUACGUGAUGUUGGGAAUUCAUAAUGCUGGUACAUUGAUGAAUCUCUGGGCGCCUCUCUGAUGUUGGAUCAUUCAAUGGACCAGUGAAUCGUCGUUUGGAGACAAGAGAAGCCGGGUGUGGUCUCAGUUUUCCUCAGGUCAUUCCGGGACUGUUGACACGGGUCGUCUAAGUAAAGCGCAACUGGAAUGAGCGCGGCUGCACAUGCCAAUUGAUUUACCUUGUUUACCUCCCGACCCCCACACAGCUCGUCGGACCAUCCAGUGGAAGAAGGGGGCUCCCUCCGACGAUGAAUUUCGACCAGGUCCUCUCCGCCAUCGGAGGCUUUGGCCGAUUUCAGAAGACGUUGUACGUGUGGAUUUGCUUGCCCCAGAUCCUGCUCGCCUUCCACAUGAUGGUGAGCAUCUUCUCCGGGGCCACGCCGCCGCAUCACUGCCGCGACAACUCGAGCUCGGCGGCCGGGAGUCGAGCCGUGUUCCCCGUCACCCCCGGCCAGAGCUCCAGCCUCUCGGACUCCUCCUGCUUCUCCUCCGGGGUCCCGCGGCGGGACAACCGGACUGAGCGCGUCGCGUGUGGCCACGGCUGGGUGUACAGCCAGGAGACGUUCCAGAGCACCACGGUCACCGAGUGGGACCUGGUGUGUGACGACGCUGGACUCAACAGCCUUGGCUCAUCUGUCUACAUGUUGGGCAUGUUGGUGGGAUCCGUGGUGUUUGGAGCCAUGGCGGACAGGCACGGCCGGCGUUUCGUCCUGCUGCUGUCCAUCGCUCUCCAGACUGUGUUUGGGGUCGCCGUGGCCUUCGCACCCAAUUUCACUGUCUACGUGAUCCUUCGCUUCGUAGUCGGCGCCACAAUAUCCGGAGUCAUCAUCAAUGCUUUUGUGCUUGGCACUGAGUGGACAUGCACCAAAAGACGCAUGCUGGCCGGUAUCCUCACGGACUACGCCUUUGGCCUGGGUUACAUGCUGGUAGCAGGCGUAGCAUAUCUCAUACGAGACUGGAGAAAGUUGCAACUGGCUAUAUCGGCCCCGGGCUUCCUACUCAUCUUCUAUAUAUGGGUGGUGCCUCAGUCUGCCAGAUGGUUGUUGGCCAACGACAGGAGAGAGGAAGCCAUCGCACUCCUCCGCAAGGCAGCGCUUGUUAAUGGCCGAGUUUUACCCCCCGCCGCACAGGUUGCGAAGUGUGAGAUUUUACGUGGGGGGAAGCAUAGUCUCUCGGCAGUGGAUCUCGUUCGAACCCCUCAGAUGAGGAAGAGGGCUAUCAUCUUGUUCUACAUCUGGUUUGUGAAUGUGCUGGUGUACUACGGCCUCUCACUGGGCGUGUCCAGGUUAGGGACCAACCUGUAUCUGACUCAGUUUGUGUUUGGGUUGGUUGAGAUCCCGGCUCGUUCUCUGGUCUUGCUCGUCCUGCCCCGCAGCCGUCGACUCUCCCAAAGCGGCUUCCUGGUUGUCGGAGGCCUCGCCUGUCUGCUUAUGCUCACUGUCCCUGCAGACCAUCCCAGGGUCCUGACUGGCCUCGCCAUGGUGGGGAAAUUUGGAAUAACCGCUUCCUUUGCUGUAAUUUAUGUGUACACUGCUGAGAUAUUCCCCACCGUGCUACGGCAAACAGGGAUAGGUGUCUCCUGUAUGUUUGCCAGGAUGGGUGGUGUGUUAGCGCCCCUCAUCAACAUGCUCCAUAACCACAGCCCCGCUACGCCUCUGGUCAUCUUCGGUACCUCCCCGUUGCUGGGCGCUCUCCUGGCCCUGGGGCUGCCGGAAACCGCCGACAGACCUCUUCCUGACACAGUGGAGGAUGCAGAGAACUGGGACCUUAGGUAAUAAUAUGUCGCCUCCCACCAAGGACAACCCUGAGAUGCGUGACAUCUAGCGAGCCCGACCUGACUGUAUUAACACCGAUGCACACGUGCAAUUACUCACACUUUGUACAGCCUCAACUGCCUUUGACACUAGAUACAGUACUGCGAACAUCUUCUAUGCAAUAACACGUCGGGGUGCGAUGAAGAGCUCUAUGCAAGAGAGCCGAACACUUUUUUACUAACCAAACUAGCAUGCAGUUGCAUGCACAUGUGCACAAGGCAGGCAUUCAUCUGUGAAACAACAGCCGAUGCAGGUAAACAUCUGUGUAAGUCAGGAAUAAUCUUUUAUUAGUUAGUUAUUAGAAUUAGUUAGAUUGAAAAUUUUAGUUGUGGGAAGAAUAAAUAGUGUUGUAGAUACAUACAUACUGUAUAUGUACAUACUGUACAUACAUGUAUUUACACAUUUACAGGCAUCAGCUCAGCUCAAACCUGUGUUGACCGGAACAAUCAGACUCGGCAAGAAGACUCUUUAAUGCAGGACACCUCAUCCUGCUCUUGUUUUUUGGGCUAAAUGAUUCGUCACACUUUUCGCAUUCCACAAAUGCACUUAUAUGAUAACUUUGUAUAAGUGUCUGUGGACUCUUUGUGGUAUCAUAAUGCUGUGUCGAAACAAGCCAAUACCUCAUUUUCUACUUUAAGUAAUCAAGCCAAGAGAAAUAAAACUAGUCUCGUGAGAUUGCAUGCACUAGUUACUUUUAUCAUGACUAAUGUAGCCUUUUGUUAGAGUAGUUCAUUAGUAGUUUUAUAUUGAAAUAGGGAUGUGACAUAUAUGACUAAUACGUUUUUCUUUUGCAUUUUGAGAAGAGUGGAAUAAAGUCAAAAUAAAUCACUGGAACUAAAUCACUUUUUUUGCAUUUCCUGAAUAAAGUCAGCAUGCCAAGAAUAAAGUAGAAAUGUUGAGGAUAAAAUGUUGAUCUAAAUUACAGGAAGGAUUUUUUUUUUGCAUUUGGAGAAUAAAUUCAGCUGUUGUGCUUCAUCCUUCUGAACCAGCAGUUUUUGGCACAAUCUCUCCAAAGACUGAACGCUGAUUACUACACUGGGUUUAUGUACUUAGAGAAUUUCCUUUCAACUAAAACAGAUUCUGAAGAGCAAUUUCACCAGCUAAUCUACACAAGGCAUUUAGUGUAGGCAGCCAUAUUGCUCUAACGUUACAAAUUUGAUAUAUUCUUUGACAUUUUGACUAAAUUCUCAAUACGCAAAAAUUUGAAAGAAAAUUCUAUUUCAGUUCGACUAUAUUCUCGAAAUGCAAAAUGAAAAAACAAAUCCAUGUUUUAUUUUCUUAUGCUUGGCCCAUAUACUUCAAGAGAUUUUGAUCGUGUGAAAAGAUAUUUCAUUUUAGCAUUUUGUAGACGUUGCUUCCAUGUUAUUACACUGAUGUAAAAUGACUUUGGUCUGUGGAGUAUCUAGUGCAUAUCAUCAGUGUUUAAGGGCUGUUUUUUUGUGUAUAUGAAUUAGUGAUUCAUACAGAAAAAACCCUGCAUGGGUCAGAAGCACAAGUCGUAUAGUAUCCAAUGUUUCUCAGGCAAGGGGAUUUUAUUUUUUAAAUAACUGUUUCACAGCAAAGAAAUGUGAAGGCUGAUAUGAUUUGGAGAGUGGAGAAGUUCGUAUUCCACUGCAUGGAAUUAGAAAGCAUGCCUCGCUGCUACCUCCAGCAUGAGGGCUGUUACACUAUCCAGAGAUGCCACUCAACUGGAAAAUAAAAAUCCAUUAUUUUCAUUGCAUUGAUUUUGCAAAUUAUAAUACAACUAUGAAUAACAAAUUGAACUUUGCACUUCAGUCAGGACCACUAUGGUCAAAAUUCAUUCAUUUUCAUAAUCACAAUGAUUUAAAUUUGGCAGUAUGUCUCUGUUCUGGGACCACCCUGCCCUUCCACGUGCAUACGUGGAAAGCCUGAGAUAGGGAGAGCACAUCUGCCUCACAUUCCAUGUGCCUUCAUGGAAUUAAAGAAUAGUAGGCAAGUUAAUGAAGGGUAGGCGGGUUAAAGAAGAGAAGG